AUGGCGCAUAUUCUCUCUCUGAUCCUGAUCACUCUUUUCGCCACUACUAUUACAGCUGCUCCCACGGCCAGCGACACCUGGUUCUCUCAUUUGAACCUCACGACUCAGAAACGAGACUCCACUGUCCCGUUCGGAGUUUAUCUCGACCGGUGCGUUUCGCCAGGAAAAGUGGCUUUGACAUUUGAUGAUGGGCCAUACAUCUACACACCCGAUCUCCUCGAGCUCCUCAGUUCUUAUGGUGCUCGAGCGACCUUUUUCCUCAAUGGUCAGAAUUCUGGAAACAUCUACAACAAUGCAGAUAUUGUCAAACGUACUCUUGAAGAAGGUCAUCAACUCGGAUCGCAUACCUGGGAUCAUCAGUAUCUUACCUCGUUGGACUAUUCCGGCAUCGUGGACGAGAUGACAAAACUAGAAGAUGCAUUUAUCCAGAUCAUUGGAGCGUUCCCUACGUACAUGAGACCGCCAUACCUCGCUGUCAACAGCGCAGUGUUGACCGCAUUGGGUGAUCUCGGAUACCACGUGAUUGGGGCCAGCAUCGACACGAAGGACUAUGCGAAUGAUGAUCCAAACCUGAUCUCCAAUAGCUUCGAGAAGUUUCGGAAUGAGCUAGAUGCCGGUGGUAGUAUUGUUCUGUCCCAUGAUGUGCACCAGCAAACUGUUGCCACCUUGACCCAGGCUAUGCUAGACGAGAUUCGGGCGAGAGGAUUAGAAACUGUCACCGUGGGUGAAUGCUUGGGGGAUCCGGAGGGAGAAUGGUACCGAGCCUCUCGUUGA